CCGAACCCCUAGGAACACAGAGACCCAACACAGAGACCCGCUGUCAUCGCUCCUGCCUAACCUCCCAUGACGCGGAAAAAAUAAAAGGAAAGAGGCAGGUUUGGGGCGCUGAUCUAUGCUCGGAAGACACCUGGCCCCGCUUGAGAGCAGGGCAGGUGACAGGUGAAGUGCGGACCGAGGUAAACAGGCAGGGCAAGAGUGGGGACAGACAGAACACAGCAGCCCGGGGGGCGCGCGUCCCGGCGGUGCCCCGAGGCCUCUCCCCGCCACCCUGGAGCCCGGGGCCAGCGCAGCCUUCCAGAUCCUUCCCGGGCCGCUCCUCCUCCCGCGUUCCCCGCUCGGGGCCGCUUCCCCGCCCCCGCGCCGCCGCAUUGGCCGCUGCGGCAGGGACGCGACACGGGCGGCGGCCGCGACCUGGAGCUUGGGGUGGCCCGAGCAGCCCGCUGUCCCCGGCGCGCACCCACCCAUGGCCCUCGGGCCGCCGCCGCGCCCCGUCCCGUGCGCUGCUGCCGCCGCCCGCGCGCGGCGCGAUGCCCACCGGCCCGGGUCUGGACCAGGCGCUGAGGAUGCCGCUGGCGCGGAAGUCGCGGAUCGGCUCGUCCGUGGGACCUGCGCGUUCUUCCUCGGGCUACAAGAAAGCAGAGGAUGAGAUGUCCCGGGCCACGUCUGUUGACGACCAGCUGGAGGCACCGGCCCGCACCAUUUACCUCAACCAAACGCAUCUCAACAAAUUCUGUGACAACCAGAUCAGUACAGCCAAGUACAGUGUGUUGACAUUUCUACCUCGGUUCUUGUAUGAGCAGAUUAGAAGAGCUGCGAAUGCCUUCUUCCUAUUCAUUGCCUUAUUACAGCAAAUUCCAGAUGUAUCUCCAACAGGAAGAUAUACUACCCUGGUGCCAUUGAUCAUUAUUUUAACAAUUGCUGGCAUCAAAGAGAUUAUAGAAGAUUAUAAGCGACAUAAGGCAGACAAUGGAGUUAAUAAAAAGAAAACAAUAGUGUUAAGAAAUGGUAUGUGGCAGACCAUUAUGUGGAAAGAGGUGGCCGUGGGAGACAUUGUGAAGGUCGUCAAUGGGCAGUAUCUCCCAGCAGACAUGAUCCUACUGUCCUCCAGUGAACCUCAAGCAAUGUGUUAUGUUGAAACAGCUAAUUUGGAUGGGGAGACAAACCUUAAAAUACGCCAGGGUUUGAGCCUCACCGCUGACAUGCAGACAAGGGAAGUAUUGAUGAAGUUAUCUGGAAUGAUAGAAUGUGAAGGGCCCAACCGCCACCUGUACGACUUCACUGGAAACUUAAACUUAGAUGGGCAAAGCCCGGCUUCCCUUGGGCCUGACCAGAUCUUAUUAAGAGGUACACAGCUUAGAAACACUCAGUGGGUCUUUGGCAUAGUUGUAUAUACUGGACACGACACCAAACUCAUGCAGAAUUCCACCAAAGCACCUCUCAAGAGAUCGAAUGUUGAGAAAGUGACCAACGUGCAGAUCCUGGUGUUAUUUGGAAUCCUCUUGGUCAUGGCCUUGGUGAGCUCUGUGGGGGCCUGGUACUGGAACAGGUCUCGAGGUGGAAAAAACUGGUACAUCACGAAAAUGGAAAGAAGCUCUAAUAACUUUGGAUAUGACUUGUUGACAUUCAUCAUCUUGUACAACAAUCUUAUUCCCAUCAGCCUGCUGGUAACUCUGGAGGUUGUGAAAUAUACUCAAGCCCUUUUUAUAAACUGGGACACAGAUAUGUAUUAUGUUGUAAAUGAUACUCCAGCAAUGGCCAGGACAUCGAACCUUAAUGAAGAGCUGGGACAGGUAAAAUACCUAUUUUCUGACAAAACUGGAACCCUUACGUGCAAUAUCAUGACUUUUAAGAAGUGCAGCAUUGCUGGUGUAACCUAUGGUCAUUUUCCAGAAUUGGCAAGAGAGCAAUCCUCGGAUGAUUUCAGCCGGAUGUGUACUGCCCCUUGUGAAUCAUGUGACUUUGAAGAUCCCAGGCUCUUGAAGAACAUUGAGGACCAACAUCCCACAGCUCCUUGCAUCCAGGAGUUCCUCACUCUCCUGGCUGUGUGCCACACAGUCGUUCCUGAGAAGGAAGGAGACGACAUCAUCUAUCAGGCCUCUUCCCCGGAUGAAGCUGCUUUGGUGAAAGGAGCUAAGAAGCUGGGCUUUGUCUUCACAGGCAGGACCCCGUACUCAGUCAUCAUCGAGGCGUUGGGACAGGAGCAGACGUUUGAAAUCCUUAAUGUCUUGGAAUUUUCCAGUGACAGAAAAAGAAUGUCCGUGAUUGUUCGAACUCCUUCAGGACAACUUCGACUCUAUUGUAAAGGGGCUGAUAAUGUCAUUUUUGAGAGACUUUCAAAGGAUUCAAAAUACAUGGAGGAAACAUUAUGCCACCUGGAAUAUUUUGCCACGGAAGGCUUGAGGACUCUCUGUCUGGCAUAUGCCGACCUCACAGAGAAUGAGUAUGAGGACUGGCUGAAAGUCUACCAAGAAGCCAGCACCAUCCUGAAGGACAGGGCCCAGCGAGUGGAGGAGUGCUACGAGCUCAUUGAGAAGAAUUUAUUGCUACUUGGAGCUACAGCCAUAGAAGAUCGCCUUCAGGCAGGGGUUCCAGAAACCAUAGCAACUCUGCUGAAGGCAGAAAUUAAGAUUUGGGUGUUGACGGGAGACAAACAAGAAACUGCAAUUAAUAUAGGAUAUUCCUGCCGGUUGGUAUCACAAAAUAUGGCCCUUAUCCUGUUGAAGGAGGAUUCUUUGGAUGCCACGAGGGAAGCCAUUACUCAGCACUGCACUGACCUUGGAAAUUUGCUGGGCAAGGAGAACGAUGUGGCCCUCAUCAUCGAUGGCCACACUCUCAAGUAUGCACUUUCCUUUGAAGUUCGGAGAAGCUUCCUGGACUUAGCGCUUUCCUGUAAAGCCGUCAUUUGCUGCAGAGUAUCUCCUCUGCAGAAGUCUGAGAUAGUGGACGUGGUUAAGAAGAGGGUAAAAGCCAUCACUCUCGCCAUUGGGGAUGGUGCCAAUGACGUCGGGAUGAUCCAGACUGCCCACGUGGGUGUGGGAAUCAGCGGAAACGAGGGAAUGCAGGCGACCAACAACUCAGAUUAUGCCAUUGCACAGUUUUCCUACUUGGAGAAGCUGCUGCUGGUUCACGGUGCCUGGAGCUACAAUCGGGUGACCAAGUGCAUCCUGUACUGCUUCUACAAGAAUGUGGUCCUCUACAUUAUUGAGCUUUGGUUCGCCUUUGUUAAUGGAUUUUCUGGACAGAUUUUAUUUGAACGUUGGUGCAUCGGCUUGUACAAUGUGAUUUUCACCGCCUUACCACCUUUUACCCUGGGAAUCUUUGAGAGGUCUUGCACUCAGGAGAGCAUGCUCAGGUUUCCACAGCUCUACAAAAUCACCCAGAAUGCUGAAGGCUUCAACACAAAGGUUUUCUGGGGUCACUGCAUCAACGCCUUGAUCCACUCCCUCAUCCUCUUCUGGUUUCCCAUGAAAGCGCUGGAGCAUGAUGCUGUAAUGUCCAAUGGUCAUGCCACAGACUACUUGUUUGUUGGAAAUAUUGUUUAUACAUAUGUUGUUGUCACUGUCUGUCUGAAGGCUGGUUUGGAGACUACAGCUUGGACCAAAUUCAGUCACCUGGCCGUGUGGGGAAGCAUGCUGAUCUGGCUACUGUUUUUCACUGUCUACUCAACCAUCUGGCCCACUAUUCCCAUCGCUCCAGAUAUGAAAGGACAGGCAACCAUGGUCCUGAGCUCCCCAUACUUUUGGUUGGGGUUAUUUCUGGUUCCUACCGCGUGUCUGAUCGAAGAUGUGGCCUGGAGAGCAGCCAAGCACACCUGCAGGAAAACGCUGCUGGAAGAGGUGCAGGAGCUGGAAACCAAGUCGAGAGUGCUGGGGAAGGCCAUGCUCCGCGGCAGCAAUGGGAAGAGGAUGAACGAGAAGGACCGGCUGCUGAAGCGACUCAGCAGGAAGACCCCCCCAACGCUUUUCCGUGCUGGCUCUAUCCAGCAGCCUGUACCCCAUGGAUAUGCCUUCUCCCAGGAAGAACAUGGAGCUGUUUCGCAGGAGGAAGUAGUCCGUUCUUAUGACACUACCAAGAGGGAAUUGAAGACUAAAUAACAUGGGAACACCACCCCCACCUUCCACCCAAGGAGGGCGGGUUGUUGCAUCCGGGGUUCACACACCUUUAUGGGAAGUGGCUUUGGCGGCAGCAGCCAAAACAUGGGAAGACACUUUUCAGUGGCCUUAGCCCAGUAGUUUGCUUCUUCUCUCUUCCCUCACAAACCUGGAGCAUAUGCCGCAGGGGAAGUUGUUCUUUCCCUUCUAGUCUGUCUGCAGCGCUUGGCCUAAUUUUUGUUUACACUGUUAUGAAGCAUUUAUUUGUGCUCUGUGAGGUGUGAAAUUAAAAGCAUUAUGUCCCACCAAUACAACAACACCAGUGGUUCUGGAAGAACAGUAAGAAGGUUUGAUGUUGGCAUGAGAAACUCAUCUUGUGGAAUUAGGGGGCUCAGGUGCACUCAUAAAUGCACACUCACUUCCUGUUUUAUUAGCACAGAUCAGGCCCACCCAGCUGCAUGUAAACGUCACAUCAGACAGGCCGCUAUCUUGCUUUGAUUCCAGUUUUGUUUGAGGUUGACAUGAACUCCUUGAUUGCAGUGAAAUAGCAAAGUUCUUUAGCUGGUGGUCAAUUUGCAGAUCUUUCUUCACACAUUCCCAUUGGCAUCUUCCUAGGCAUCUUCCUGCCAGCACUCCUGUGUCCACUGUACUCAGUGCAUGACAGCUGGUGGGCAACAACCUAAAUGGGCCCUGGCCCUCCUGCUGCAGACACAGACACUAGAGCUCUCCCCGUCUCUAGAGGCAACUACCUACCUGUGCUGCACAUACUUAUAAUUGUCAGUCCUGGGAGCUCAGCCUUCACUGCCCUGUUCUGGGCAGCCCCUCCACACUCAACAUUUCCCUGCCCUCAGCUUCUGGCCUUUUGGCAUCCAGGUAAAUUAGAACUCACGCUGGUUUUCCUGGAAGUCAGAGAAACUUUGGGAUGUUCUCUGUGGGCCUGGAAUGAAUCCACAGCCUGUCCUGUAGCUCUAGAACAGACAGCACGAGUAAGUCCAAUGCAGAGCAGGGACUAAGGGUCACCCUCAAAGGUAGAAGCAAGCAGUAAGGAUUCUGAGACAAGGGGAGGAGGGGCCUGAGGACAUUUCCCCCCCAGAUUUCCACUGUAAAAACUAAAAGCCACGCUGGUGCCAUGAUGUUUGUGGAGACCCACUGGAGGUUAAAUAAGGGCCCAAGAGAUGGUACAGCAGGUAGGACAUAGACCCAGGCUCCUGACACCCCGUAUAGUCCCCUAAGCCCCACCAGGAGUGAUCCCUGAACACAGGAGUAAGCCCUGAGCACCACUAGGUGUGGCCCAAAGACCAAAAAAAAAAAAAUCAUGAAAGUUUAAAGAGAUUGGGACAUGCAGUGCUAAUGGAAAAAGAAUUCUAUACUUUCAGAGAAACAUUCCUUUCCACACUGGCAAGCUUUCCUAGACUUACACCGUCAGUGUUAGACAGAGGCGUGUCUCGAAAUGCUAGGUGCCCUGAAUCUAAGAUGAGGAAGGGAAAUGCUGAAUCACUGACUUUUGAGUGGAGGCACAGAAGGUGGAGCAGUGGUAGGGAUCAAACUCAGGGCCCCAUAUAUGUUUGGUGUGUGCACAAUGCAGCGGAGCUGAAUCAGCCACUAGUCACUGACUUUUGAAGUACCAAGUCAUACAUUCUAAAUUUGGACAGAUCCUUGGAUACCUUCGGGCAUGCAUAUAAGCACCUGCAGCCCCUAAUAAAUGACCAGCCUGAGACAUGGUCUCUGCUCUCUGCUGUGGAUGCCAGACCAGAUUUUUGGAGGGUUUAACAUAAAUACUCCUGGGCAGCUGUUCCUGGUUAAAAUGACAGGGUCUCUCUAAGAAUGGUGGCGCUAGCUUAGGAACUAAGGCAAUAAUGCACCUCGCUUCCUACUGCUAUGUUCUCAGAGCACCCAACUCUCAUGGGGCAUUGAAAGAAUUGGAGUGUGAUUUGUAAUGACUAAGAGAACUAAACCUCAGUUCUGCCGUGGCCAGGAUCCAGAAAAGGCUUGAGGGAAAGCAGAGUCAUGCAGUUAAUAGGCGAAGCUCAGAAAAUUGCCAUUUUUCUCUCCCUGGGCUGAUAAAACAUUUAAAAUACUACAGAGCAGAGCAAGGUGAAUCAUUAACAGACUGUCACACCCACCCACCACCCACCCCAGCAUGUGCCUGUAAUUAACCCAACAUGCCAUUGUAGGUCCUUACUGCACACCCAGAAAGACAGGGCCUACAUACAAAUAAAGACACAAAAUGAGAGCAGAAUAUGCAUGACACGUCUCUGCUCUUCGAUUCCAUGCAGAUACUAAGCUUAUUUGCAAAGAGGACUCCGGGUCAAACAUGUCACACUUUCUCAAACUCUGAGUUGGAUUUGAACCACAGAGUGUGUUUCUGUUAGGAGCCUUUCAUUUAUUUUUCUUUUUUUUCCACACUAAAAUAUAAUUCACCUUUUCAGAGAUUUAAGUAUAUUUCCCCAAAGAGGUUCAGAAGUAGACUACUCUUUGUAAAAAAAUUAAAUAGGCACAGAGGAGAAAAUAUGAGAGUGGGGACGUCUUUCUAUUUAUUCUCAUCUGGCUAAGCUUUCCUGUAGCCAGCUGACUAAAUUGGGUCUUUUCAAGGAGCAACUGUCACGGCAUGUAAGGGAUCAGAUUUAGCCCGGGCCCUCUCGGAGCCUGGUCAUUGGUCCUAUCUUUAAAUUGAGGUCAGAGUGCCACAUCCAUCCCUCCCCAGGGAGCAAAGUGCACUGCCCUACAUCACAUGCCCUUGCUGUCAGUCCAGUGUGAAUAGCACAUGGAACAUGUCACUCAGUCGAACUGUGGGAGACAAACAGAGGAACGGGGUAUAGUUGGUCAGCCCUGUACGGGCUGGCUGGGGGACUGGGCUCAAGUGGCAGAAUUCACUCAGGCCCAACUUUUGCACAGAGCAAAGCUCCCAUUGGCCUCUCUUUUCCCUGGGAAAGAAUAUAUUCCAUAGCCAUCAGUCCUGGGUUUAGUUAUUCCCCAAUUCCAAGCAGGGCCAACAAGAGCAACCAUGGAAAGCAAACACAAAGAAGGGAGACAGGAAUGUAGAAUCAACUAUGUUUGGGUGGACGGGCCAGCAAUUCCUUGCGGAGGAGAACAAGCUUGGUAAUCAUUUGGGUAUGUAUAGGUCCUUCAGUUGACGUGUCUGUUCAGUCUCCACACAAAAUAUGCCAGACAUCAUGUGCUUGCGUUACAUUCCCCCAUUCCCAACACACACUACAUGUGGUGAGGCUUUGGGGAUCAUCUAGCAGAGAUGACCCAUGCUCUGGAGAAAGGAGAUGCUGUUUCUUGAACACUCCUGGAGUCUUAUCCCAGGCAUCAGCAGAGCGUGGCUGAGAACUCUGUGGAUGUAUUCUUUUUCUUGACAAGGCUUCAGGUUGUGCUGUAGGGAGUUGGCAGUGAAAACCAGUAAUAACUUGUCAAGACGCCAUGAAUAACGAACAAAAAAAGUGAGUAUGGGUAACUGAAAAUGCAUAUGGUGUAUAUAUUACAGGCUUUAAGCUUGAACUUUUUAAAAGAAAGCUAUAGUCUAUAAUCUCCACUUGUUAUAACAGUGACUGUUUUUUUUAAAAAAACCACAAGAGAGACAGUUUUCUAUCACAUUCUUGUUCCUAGGGAUUUACAUCUUGAACCGUAAGUUCAAGACGAGAAUGUUUGUGAAAGUAUGUGAUAGGGAAAGGUGGGCGUUCAUUGGGAGCUUGUGAAAGACAUGCACACAUUUCGGCUCGGAUUUGAAUUACUGCCCAGGGUCAUCGUCCCAAAGUAAUUCAAGGAGUGAUUUGCUGCAGCAUGUGAAAUGUAGCCAUCAUCUCCGGGGAUCCAUAAAAAUGUGAACAGGGAAACUGUGGUCAAGCAGAGCCUGAAUAAUAACUUGGCAAAGAAUGGGUUUUAUCAGGCCCAGUCAAAAGAUGGCAUGCCCCAUUCUAUUCAUCAAGUACUUUGUCUACACUAGUGCUUGACACACAGUGAUGGAGAUCAUAUAAACAAAAACCCCGGAAAAAGCCCCCCACCCUAUCAACAGAUUUUGAGCUUGGUGCUUGCUUGUCUGAGGAAAUCCUUGGGGGAAACCAUUUCACCUUGUUUGAGAUGCUUUUCCUCCGUGAAGGUUUGGGAAGACAGAUUAGUUCUUACUGGGUUGUGGAGGCAAGGGUCUAGGCAUUCACAGGUCUGAAGGAACACACCUGAGAUUCUCCACUCCCUGUGUUGGCCUCUUUAUUUUUACUCAGUGCCCCAUAAAUGCCCAGAAGCAUACAUUUCCCUUUCCUUCCUCCUCCCAAGAGCUUCAAUGAAUGUCAGACCUUUAACCAGUGCUCUGCCUCAAGCACGCUCUUAAUUGUUGACUAUGAUUGAUUUGUGAAUCGGGAAUGUGGUUUUUCAGUGGGAAGAAAAGACUGCCAAGCCAACAACUAUCUAAGUGAAACAACAAAAGAAAUGGAAACAGGAAGGAGGGGUGACCCGCCCCCUUCCCAACCUCUGCCCUCCCCAAACACAGUCCAUCACUAUUAAUGCUGACAAACACCUCAGCUCCCCUGGCUGGGGGCAGACAAAAGAAUGAUUCUUUUUAUACCCACGCUGGCUCAUUUUCAAGGGACAAUCUCUUGCCCCUGCCACCCCAGAGAUAGCUACUCUGCUCUUUCUUCUGGGCAUCCGACCAAGAAAAACAGGCCCCCAAGAUUAGCCAGAAGGCAUUUUUUUCUGACCUGGCUAAAGGAAGAAAGAAGACCUGUUUGCUUUAAGCAUCAGGAACAAAGUGUCAGGUGGCUUUGAUUUCUGACAGAAAGAGGAAGAAGAAAGUUGAAGGAGCAGUGUUGUCCAAAUAGGCCUGCCCAGGAAGCGAGAGGUCGAGAGCUUAUCAAGAGUCUAUUAUAGGCGAGCUCUGAAGAGUGCAGGAGACAGGGCUGAGAGGGAGACAGGGCCUGGUUGAAGGGACAAGCCUGAGGAACCGGAUGUGGACCUUAACCAUGUGGACUUGGAGUCAAUGCUGGUCCUAAAGAUGAGCUCACUUGUGAGGUUGGAGCAAUAGCACAGUGGGUAGGGCAUUUGCCUUGCAUGUGGCCGACCCAGGUUUGAUUCCCAGCAUCCCAUAUGGUCCCUUGAGCACUGCCAGGAGUAAUUCCUGAGUGUAGAACCAGGAGUGACCCCUGUGCAUCGCCAGGUGUGACCCAAAAAGCACUGUAGCACUGUCAACCUGUUGUUCAUCGAUUUGCUCGAGCAGGCACCAGUAACAUCUCCAUUGUGAGACUUGUUGCUGUUUUUGGCAUAUCUAAUAUGCCAUGGGUAGCCUGCCAGGCUCUGCUGUGCAGGCAGGGUACUUGCUGGGCUCUCCGAGAGGGAUGGAGGAAUCAAACUCGGGUCGGCCUUGUGCAAGACGAAUGCCCUACCCACUGUGCUAUCACUCCAGUCCAAAAAGAAAAAAAAAAUUAGUUCGCUUGUAUACAGCCACAAGUGAACUAAUACCACUCCAAAAAAAAAAAUCUGGUUUCUCCCCUCACACACUUCCUCUUCCCCGUUUCCAACUGCGGUGCCCACUAAGUCGCCCUCUGAAGGACAGAGGGAAGAGGUAGCCCCAGGGUCAGCCCGGACAGAGAGCCACAGGGGCUGGCUUUCUCUGGUCCUCAUUCCUGCAUGCCCCUGGUGGGCGGUCUGAAUCGCAACAUCUAUGGGUGUGUUUCUCACACUGGCAGAGCCACGCACGCCACUGUCUGCUGUCACAUCUGUGCUCAGCUCCCCUAAAUAUUGUCUCUCGGAAGGGAGGUUUUAAUCUGCGGGAUUUUAGGCAGCGGGAAGCAGAGCUGUGGGGCAGGUUUAAUUGGCUCCCAGCAGAGCAGCGAAGCGCUUCUGUGGAGUGGAGGGUUUUUCCUUCCCUCCCUCCCCAAGUGUUACCGUUUUCACGUCCUAUUAAUGUCCUCUGGUUGUUAAAUUACAUACAGAAUAGUGGAGCUGGGUCCCCUCCUGGAGUGAAUACAAAUGAAGGGCAUUGAACAGUAUUUUUUUUUCUGAGGGUUUGGGAAAAUGCAGUGAUUUGUGGCUUUGAUCAAAUCCUGUUGAUGGGUAUAUGUCUACACAAACCUGUUUCAAAUAAAUGUUUUGUUAAAGUAAAUGAUUGGGCCGGGUUUUAUUUUGAAAUAUUUUUUCUUCCAGUAAUGAGCAGUUACUGUCAUAGGGACUUCAGACAUUAAUAGAGUUUUGUCAGCAGAUACAGACAGAGUCUGUCUGUCUGUCCAUAGGCUCCAAGAGCCAAGGACUUAAAUGUUAAAUAUAUGCUGUUAAAUGUCAGGAGAGAAUCUGAAUUGCAGAAGAGCAUAUGAGAAGAGGUUCUGAAGGCCACACAGGGUUUGGAUUAAUGGUGCAGAGAGAACUGUACGUCAAAGACAUCUUUCUCCCUUUGAGUAUUCACUCUCGUUUGUCCAUCUGUUUCCUGGUAGACUGAGAGGGGGAGUUUGAAUUCUACCUUCAAGCAUGAACCCAUGACAUCGUUGUAGAAGGAGCUCAGAAUAGCCCACCCAACAUAUGACCUCACUUUCCCAUAUGGAUCACUUUGGAUUGCAGGCACAUGAGAAAGAGCUGUUACAAAGGGCACUUUGUCCCACUCCAUCCCUUCUACCUGCAGAAACAGUCCAGUUACCUGUGAGAAACUUGUCCCCACACUGGGAGGAGCUGUACUUGUCACCAGGGUCUGGGCUUUGAUGCUUCGUUUGAGCUGAACAAACAGACCCACUAGGAUACUCCUGAUCUUCCACAAGCUCCCCGUUAGUCACCCACCCACAAUUUACUGUUCAUGGCCCAAGUCCCAGUGUUCCAUCACAUCCCCAACAUGUAUUGUUUUCACUUUUUGGUUUAGGGGUCACAGUCAUCUAUGCUCAGGGAUUACACCUGGCUUUGUGCUCAAGAAUCAUUCCUGGCAGGGCUCAAGGAACCAUAUAUGGUACCAGGGAUUAAAGUUGGGUCAGUCACAUGCAAGGCAAGCAGACAACCUCUGUACUAUCACUCCAACCCAUAAGUAGUACAAAAUAAAUAAAUAAACAAACAAACAAACAAAUAAAUAAAUAAAUGUGGGAGGCAGGGGUGUACACCCAGCAGUGCUCAGGUCUUACUCCUGACUGCACUCAGGGAUCACUCCUGGCAGGGCUCAGGGGACAAUAUAUGGUGCCAGUGAUCAAACCUGGGUCAGCUGCAUGCAAGACCAGCUGUACUAUCUCUUCAGCCCUCCCAACGUUUAUUGUUAUUAUGUAUAAAGAUUCUUGGGAGGGGGCUCUUCAUUUUCCUUUUGAGGAUCUCCUGUAUACACAAAAACAAAGAAUAAAAUGGAAUGCUUCACUUGUUA